CAUCAAUUUUCAACCUGAGUAAUACGGAGUAAAACCCACUUUGAGUCUCCCGUGGAAUUGGCCUCUUGAAGCGCGCUUUGACACGGAUGCACUCGAACGAGGUAUCAAACGAAUCAUACUUUCAACGCUGAAACGGCAGCCCCAGGACGAGUCCCUCGGAGAUAAAGAACUUGAAGACGCACUCCUCAAGGAAGAUGAUCCAAAGUGUAAAGUCUUCGUGACAGCGACGAGCGAGUCAAUGCCCGAUGACACGACAAUCCUAGCCAAUUACGCAUCCCCUCGAUGGCCUGAAGACCUCUUGAACUCCACAACAAUAUGGCAAGCUGCUCGCGCUACGUCAGCUGCGUCGACCUUUUUCGAACCUAUCAAAAUCGGUCCCGAUGAAGAGUCGUUCCUAGAUGGGGCAACAGGCGCAAACAAUCCAGUCCGCCAGGUAUGGGCAGAAGCUGAAGAUGUCUGGAAAUCGGAAGGGGCAUUAAGAGAUAACUUGCAAUGCUUCGUGUCGGUUGGCACAGGCAUACCAACUGUAAAGCCCUUUGGGCGCAAUCUUGCGGCAAUAGGAAACACUUUGAAAAGUCAAGCAACUGAAACCGAAUCAACGGCCAGGGAUUUCAUUCGCCACCACACGGAACUACAUUCUGAGCAUCGCUAUUUUCGAUUCAACGUACUAUCUGGUCUGGAAGAUAUAGGCUUGGAGGACGCUGCUGCAAGACCUCGCAUUGUUGCGGCCACCAGGCGAUACUUGGCGGCGGAAGAACACAAGAAACAGCUUGAACUGUGCGCAAAGAAUUUGCAGUCACGAGAAUCAGAUCAAAUAAGUAGACCCACGGACAAACCUUGGGGUGAAAUCGAAAUCAAAUGCCAGCAAUUGCUAUAUACUUCACCAUACAAAAGCCACAAAGAACGAAAUCCGGACCGAAUUGAAGGAACCUGCGAGUGGUUUCUGACACACCAAUAUUUCAAAACUUGGAUGCAGAGCACAAUUUCGAGUAUACUCUGGCUAUCGGCAGAUCCAGGGUGUGGAAAAUCAGUUCUAUCAAAGUUUCUUGUGGAUGUAGACCUGAAAAGUACCGAGUCACGUGCUAUGUGCUACUUCUUCUUUAAGGAUGACGACGUCAAGCAGAAAAGUGCGACAGAUGCAGUUAGCGCUCUAUUGCAUCAAUUGUUCAUACAAAAGAGGUUUCUUAUCCGCCACGCUAUUCCAGCCUACCAAAGCCAAGGGACCAAACUGCAGCAAAACUUUCACGAGCUAUGGGAUAUCCUCACAAGCGCCGCUACUGACCCUGAAGCCGGAGAAAUUGUCUGUAUCUUGGAUGCUCUCGACGAAUGUGAAGAAACGGGCAGACGGAAUGUCAUCAAAGCCUUGAACAAGUUCUACAACGGCCAAGCAUCCGAGAAAACUUCAUCUAGGCUCAAAUUCCUAGCUACCAGUCGUCCUUAUUUCGAAAUCGAACGCCAUUUUACUGAACUAACGAUGGAUUUACCCACCGUCCGACUUCGAGGUGAGGAGGAAUCGAAUCAAAUCAGUAAAGAGAUCAAUCGCGUUAUUACUUUCAAAGUACACAAGGAGAUUGGACCGAAAUUGGAGCUCGACGAGUCGGAAAAAUCGGCCCUGGAAAAUGAGCUUUUAAGCAUACCUCACCGGACGUAUCUGUGGUUGCGACUUAUCUUCGAAGGGAUUGUUCAAACACCUAAUCAACGUGUUACCAAGAACACCCUGAUGCGAUCCAUCAAAACCCUCCCUAAGACGGUAGAAGAGACAUACGAGGACAUCCUCAAAAGGAGCGGCAAUAAAGACCAAGCACGAAAGCUUCUCUGUAUUGUCGUCUCCGCUGCUAGGCCACUUACAGUACAGGAGAUGAACAUCGCACUGGCUUUGGAAGAUAAUCAUAGGUCAUACGAGGAGCUUGACCUCGAGCCCGAAGACAGGUUCAAAACUAGACUUAGAUAUCUCUGCGGUCUCUUCGUCAAUGUGAUAGACCGAAGAGUCUAUUUAAUCCAUCAGACGGCAAAGGAGUUUCUCCUUGCAAAACCCGAGACAACCAGCGGUGUGUGGAAAUACUCUAUUGAGCCGGCUGUGUCAGAGCUUGUUAUGGCAAGAACAUGCAUUACUUAUCUCCUUUUCACCGAAUUCAGCAGUAGUUUGGACAUGGAAAGCGAAUUACGAGCCGAGGAAAUACUCGCAGACGGCCAGCGAACAGACACACAUCACUACCUAGGCUACGCUGCGAGCCACUGGGCUGCCCACUUCCAAAAGGCACAAAAAAGAGCAGCAAACGGAAUAUUGCAAUUGGUCCUUAAAACUUGUGACACACAAAGCCAGAGAUUCCAAACUUGGUUCUCUAUAUAUUGUACUCUAGUCCAUCCCUACGACAAGACUCCUCAUUUUACAAAUCGUUUAAUAGUAGGGUCAUAUUUUGGGCACGAGGCUGUAGUUAGGCUGCUGCUGCUGGAGGGCAAGGCCGACGUUGAGUCCAAGGACGACAAGUAUGGCCGGACGCCGCUGUUAUGGGCGGCCAAGAACGGGCACGAGGCUGUAGUUAAGCUGCUGCUGCUAGAGGGCAAGGCCGACGUUGAGUCCAAGGACGACACGUAUGGCCAGACGCCGCUGUUAUGGGCGGCCGAGAACGGGCACGAGGCUGUAGUUAAGCUGCUGCUGCUGGAGGGCAAGGCCGACGUUGAGUCCAAGGACGAGGAGUAUGGCCGGACGCCGCUGUCAUGGGCGGCCGAGAACGGGCACGAGGCUGCAGUUAAGCUGCUUCUGCUGGAAGGCAAGGCCGACGUUGAGUCCAAGGACGAGGAGCAUGGCCGGACGCCGCUGUUAUGGGCGGCCCAAAACGGGCACGAGGCUGUAGUUAAGCUGCUACAACUAGUUUACUAGAUAAUUUGUUUACUAACCCUCCUCCCC